UUUGGGAAGAUGUCUGGCUUCGCCGGGAACAUGGAUUGCGAGGAUUGUUUAUCUCCUGCACUUGUGGCCAAUAACAGCGCGGAGCUGCACCUGCACUCAUCCACCGUGGAUGAGGACGACGAACUUCUCAGAUACAUCUGGCGAGAGUACUUACACCCCAAGCAGUACGAGUGGGUUCUCAUUGUGGCUUACAUUAUCGUGUUCUUCGUUUCACUCAUUGGAAACUCGCUUGUUUGUUUUGCAGUGUGGAAGAACCGGCACAUGCGCACCGUCACCAACUAUUUCAUUGUGAAUCUUUCCUUUGCCGAUGUCUUGGUCACCAUCAUCUGCCUGCCUGCCAGUCUCGUGGUGGACAUCACAGAGACAUGGUUCUUUGGAAACACCCUCUGCAAAGUUGUGCCUUAUCUGCAGACCAUCUCUGUGUCUGUGUCGGUCCUAACGCUGAGUUGCAUAGCCCUGGACCGUUGGUACGCUAUCUGCCACCCACUGAUGUUCAAGAGCACUGCCAAGAGGGCUCGCAAGAGUAUCGUUGUUAUCUGGGUUGUUUCAUGCAUCAUCAUGAUCCCACAGGCUAUUGUGAUGGAGUGCAGCAGCUUGCUGCCUGAACUCACAAACAAGACCAGCCUGUUCACGGUGUGUGAUGAACACUGGGGAGCUGAGAUCUACCCGAAGGUCUAUCACACCUGUUUCUUCAUCGUCACCUACUUUGCACCAUUAUGUCUCAUGGUCCUGGCGUAUAUCCAGAUAUGUCACAAGCUGUGGUGUCAGCAGAUUCCUGGGAGCACAUCAGUAUUGCAGAGGAAGUGGAGGUCCAUCCAGUGCUCGGCUCCAGUGCCGGGCCCCGGAGAGCCUGUCAGGGUCAGGACCAGCACGGUUUGUGCGGAGAUCAAACAGGUCAGAGCUCGACGCAAGACAGCUCGGAUGCUGAUGGUGGUGCUGUUUGUUUUCGCCCUGUGCUACCUGCCCAUCAGCGUGCUCAAUGUCAUGAAAAGAGUCUUUGGGACUUUCAAGAACACAAAUGAUCGAGAGACAGUGUACGCGUGGUUCACUUUCUCACACUGGCUCAUCUAUGCCAAUAGUGCAGCAAAUCCCAUCAUCUACAAUUUCCUAAGCGGGAAGUUCCGUGGGGAGUUCAAAGCAGCAUUUUCUUGCCAUUGUUAUGGUCAAGACCAAAAUCAAACACAGAGGAUACGGACCAGAAUGAGCACAGAUAGCCGAAAAUCUCUGUCCACUCAAGUCAACAACAUGGACAGUGUGUCACGCAUUUCAGAUCAGAUAGUGUAGUCUUAUAAUCCAGGUAAGGGGACGGUUCUUAACAAGGUUCAAAGGCUAAAGAUGAACAAGCCUCUGAAAAGAGAAUAAUCAGUCUCCAAACUGUUAAUUUCAUGCUUUAUGGAAACUGAAAUCUCUCUUUUCUUUAACGUGAU